CACAUCCACUCUUCCAACACUACUCUUUCACUUGUCCAGCAAGGUGGAGACAUUACUUUUACGGUUGACCACCACUCGACGAUCUCUCCUCAUACGUCACAGAACCAUUCGACAUGACAUACUCCCAUAAAACUUCCACUCAAACGUCUGGGCAGUGAUUGUCGUGGUGACAUUCUCACUCGAACAUCUACAUCCCAGUGCCCAGUGGCCAUUGACCUUUGACUAUCGACACAUCACACGACCCGACAAAACGACAGACGAUAAACGACGACAGCCUCACGUACUACGGAUCAUUGUUCAUUUGAUCCACAAACCCCCCCACCUUACCCCUUGCUCGUACGUAUCUAUCAUCUUCGCGUCCACACCCCAGACGCCCCUUCCCUUCCCUUCCCUUCCCACGACACAGCGGUGUAAGAAUUGUACGGCAUACUCCGUCUCUCUCCGAUCAUUCAUCUCAAACUCCAGCCACUAACCACUUCCACUCUACCACUACUCACCCUUCCACCAUUGGUCAAUUCUAUACCUCUCUCCCGCUACCCGCUACUCUGCACACCUGUCGUCACCACCCCCUCCCUCGAUUGUCUUAUAGUCUAUUGGUAAACCGAAUCAAGAGUGAAUCCCAAAUCUCACCAUGUCCAUCGUUCUCUACCCACCACCCACCCGAUUCCCACUCUCCCCCUCCCCUUCCCCUCCCGUGUCUCAAUCAUCCACUCCAACUCCAACUCUGGCAGAACGAAAACUCCCUCUUCCAUCAUCCAGACCUUCCACCCCUCCUCCCACUAUGAACCUCGCUCCUAUCUCCGCCCCACCCACACCUGUCACUCCCACUCAUCUCUUCUCUCCCUCUCAGUCCAAAGCCAUGGAAAGAUGCAGAUCUUCCGAGGCGCGUCUCACCACUGACUCCACUCAAUCGGCUGUAGUGGGACGUUCAGGCAGAGGGACACAGAUCAAAGCUACUUCCUUGUUGUUCAAAUCGGUCCCGAGUAGGGAACAGAUCGCCGCCACUGAGAAGAAUGAGACAGGGGAUGAGAUCCACGUGUCGAGCAUGGGGAGCGAUGCGGAUCAGAAGAUGGAAGUUGAUCAACAAACAAAGAAGGAGAUGGAGAACAAGCAAGGAGGACAAAUGGAAGGUGAGGAUGAUGAAAAAGAACAGAUUUGGGGAAUGCCAAAGUGGGGUUGGGAGGAAGAAAGAAAACAAAUUCGACCUGGUGUGAGGCUCAUAAGUGCGAAAGAGUUACCAGUUUUGGUCGAUCAACACGCCAUGAUCGAUACCCCCAGUCACGUCCUCUUUCCAUGGUUACACGGCAUCUCAGACGACGGUGCCAAAGGAAGAGACAUGGCCGCCUUUUUCGGACAUUUCCCUCCUUUCGCCCCUCCACCAUAUCGAGGAUUAUGUGUUCUACUUUGUCCUCCUCAUCCUCUUGACAGAUCUCAGCGUCCAUCGAAAGUACCUUCAGGGAAAUCACAAUCUUCCCGGUCUUCGGAUCUUGAUCUUGGAUCUAACGAAUCUUCUAAUUUCCCAUCGGAGACGGCACCCGCUCGGAACAGAAGUGAGACGGUAUCCACUUCUUCCGAAUCUUGGGCUUCUUCUGCAGGAACCACCGAAGGAACCUCACCCUCCAUAGCCGAUUGGGUACCACCAUCUCAGUCUCUUCUCAAGCCAUCUGACUCUGUCCCACCUACCCCUACUUCGCCUAGUCCAUUCACUGAAAUCAUCAAGAAUGUAUCGACAGAAAUCACCGUGGAGACGGACAAUGUGGACGUCGCUAUGCACCCUUGUGAAUCUAAAAAGGUCUUAUCCGCCGCUCUAGCUCAAGGAUUGGGAGAGACCCAUCAUCCUCUUCCUUGUGGUGGUUCGCCGUGCGAAACAGAUUCGGAGACCGAUGAAGCGGAAGAUCAAGGUCCGUCUUGUGUCCUUCUCAAUUCUUUACAUGUCCAAGACAUCUUCGAUCUCCCAACUAUGACAAAAACCCAGCCUGGAACUGCACCCCCAAGGCCAAGGUUCAAACCAGCGAGAUUACCGCAACAAAUCAAUUUGCGUAAUUUGAAUAUACAACAGAUCAAAUAUGCUACUAUCAGCGAUAUCAUUAUAUACGCGAAAGGAGGGUUGGGACAUGGGGUAUUGGAGGUUGCGGAACAGAUCGCUUUGGCUCAACAUGAUCUGUGGCAGCAACGGAUGGAAGGGUAUUAUCGUUCUCAUGGUCAAGGUCAGGGGGAGGGAUUUGGUGAACCAGUCAGGUAUGGUGUUUGGAUCGUAGUUGAACCUUUUGACAAGAUUCAAGAAACUUGUCCUCAUCUGGUCAAUUUGGACUACCACGGUCGAUCUACACCCAACUCCGCUCUGACUGAUCUCUUCGCCAGAGAGGCGAUAGAAAGUCGAGCUAUGACCCGCGGAUCCGAAGUUGUGGAAGGGUUCUGGGUCGGGAACAACUGUGACGUUCCCGGUGGAGCUGAAGAUGGAAUCGGGUCUCAAAUCCAGUUCGAUUUAUGUGUCCAUACUUCAGAACUUGCUGAAAUGCCAACUUCAUCUCAACUCACCGCUGCAUAUCGAAAAUUACUCGACUUGGAUAAAUCACGUCGGUCUGAAGAUUCCUCAAAUUCAUGGACUUCAUCACCAGCUACCAUAGCUCUUCGAAAUCUUCUCUCUCCUUCAUCUUCUUCUUUAACCCCUUCUUCAUCUCCUGCUAUUUCCUCGGUCAAUGAUGUAGGAUCAAAACGUAACGCAUCCCCUUCAGAUGAAGGUUCCACUCGUCAACGUCGAUCAAAAACUUCAAACCACGAAUAUGUUUCUUUGGAAUGUUCCGAUUCUUGUCGUUCUCCUCAUGGUCUCAAUCGGAAUUUAACCAUUAUGGUGGAUAAAAUCGUCGAGCUCGUUUAUUUUCUUCGGAAAAUCAUUGAAGGUAGAGAUAAAUCAGGUAUCAAAAGAAAAGUUUUAAUUCAUUGUCAAGAUGGUUAUACCGAAUCGAGUAUACUCGUUUUGAGUUAUAUAAUGUCUUCACUUGAAAUUUGUUUACCUGAAGCUUAUCUUUAUCUUCAAAACGUUGCAAAUAGAUCUUUCUUUUUGUAUCCGACGGAUAAACCUUUAUUGAGGAAGAUUGAUGAUAGGUUGAAGAGUGAUAGAAGGACAAAAUUGAUAAGACUUUCUAUGGAAAGUCAAAUCUCAACCGGAGAAAAAACGAAUUCACCAAAUAGUUUAGCCAGAUGGAAACAAUGGUCAUUAGGAUUAAGUCCAAGUCCUACUAAAAAUCAAAUUCCAAACUCUUCACCAAAUUCACCUAUUCGUACGAAUUUUUCACAGAUGACUCCUUUGAAAUUAUCUCAUUCACAUGUAUGGUUUCAUGAUCCUCGAUUCGAUUGUUUCCCAUCUCGUAUCCUUCCAUUCCUCUAUCUAGGAAAUCUAGAACAUGCGGGAAACGCUUCUCUCUUACAUGCGUUAGGUAUAACCCAUGUGGUUUCCGUAGGUGAAAGUCUUAUUCAAUGUGAAGAAGGUUUUGAUCCUAUACAUGGUAAAGUUGGAAACACUUUAUGUGAUGAAGCUAAAUCUGGGAGGAUACAAGUUUUAGAUCUUUGUGAUAUAAGGGAUGAUGGGAAUGAUCCUUUGAGACCUUUGAUUGCUAGAGCUUGUGAAUGGAUUGAGGAUGCUAGGGUUAAUGGUGGUAAAGUUUUGGUACAUUGUCGCGUCGGUGUCUCUCGAUCAGCUUCGAUAGUCAUGGCAUAUAUAAUGCAACAUCAAAAAAUAGGACUCAUGGAUGCUUAUCUCCUCACUCGAGCUAGGAGAUUAAACGUUUUGAUUCAACCGAAUUUACGUUUUUUCCAUGAGUUGUUCGGAUGGGAAGUGGAAUUGGCUAGGAGGGAAGGUGAUGAGAGGAGGAUAUUAUAUUCUUGGCCUAGUUUUUGUAGGGAUUUACAUUGUCUCAACCGACGAUUCUUGUGCAAUUGAACAUUCCAUCUUCCUCCCUGCUCAUCUUGAUUGGUGAGCUACAUCCCCCAUACGAAGAUGGUAUUGUCUGGACUGAAGGGUUUUUGUGUGACUCAACGUACUUUACAUGUCACUAUACAUUGUGACUGAUUGGUACGGAUUUGGUCCUGAUCCCAAUGGAGCCGUGGACUCGUGGAUAGGUUGGAGAUGGACGAAAAUAUUUUCCUGCUAUGUAAUGGGUUACAAACUAAGUAUGGUUGUAAAGUCUUUUUUCUGUAUUUUUGUAAAGAUAUGACAUGCAAUGAGGGUUUUGUCAAGUG